ACUUCCACCUACCUUUCUUCUUUUCUUAUAUACUUCACAUCCCUCUCUUCAUUUCUCCCCUUUCCCCUCUCUCUCUCUCUCUCUCUCAUUCACACACACACACACACACACAGACACAAUUGUGAGUGAAGACAACAAAAAAAAAAAAAAAAAAAAAAAAUACACACAAAAGGUGAACCAGUUACUGCAAUCUACAAUGGAUAACAAGAAAACGAUUUUGAAGAACAGUUCAAUCUAUGGCUGCAGCGACAUGAAGAAAAGCCAAUCUGAAUUAGCUCUUCAGGAACUUUUUGCCUCUGAAGACGACAGAAAAUUUCAUCACUUUGAAGGCUCUGAUUCCUAUCAUGCUCUCUUUGCCAUGGACCACGCUGAUCAUGUCACUUUUCCUUUCAAGAAUUUGGUUAGUUAUACACUUCAACUAUUUUUCUUUUCUUAAAAUUUUCAAUAUCUUGUUGAUAUUCCUUAUCUUCUCAAUAUGUUUUUUUUUUUUUCAUGGCUAGGACUUAGGAAGUGUCUGUUUCAUUCAUAGAAUGUUUUCCACCCAUAGUUUCAGUUACUAGAUUUUUAUAUGUAAGUUUUGAUAUUAUUGAAACUUCUACUUGGGGUUUGUUAUGGAGCUGUAGAAAUAAUUGAUUAUUGCAAUUAAGUAAAGAAUAAAGAGCAAGAAAGAAUUUUCAGGAGACAACUUGCUUGAUGAGGUUUCAAGAUUUCAUUUUGUAACUUUUUUUGUCAAAGAUGCACUUGUUCUGUCAUAUCUUUUCUUUAUUGAAUAGUGUUUUCCUGUUGUAACUUUUGUUUGAUUUGAUAAAUUUCACUGUGGGCCGCCUCUGUAUGAAUGGUUAUUGUUCAACUUCUGUAUUUGGGGAAAAAAGUGAUAGGCUAAUGUAAAACAAUAGUGCCAAAGUAAAGUGAUGUUUGGAUCUUUAUGAGUCAAGGUUUUUAAAGUGAAGCUUAGCUUUUAUUAAAGCUCAUGUUGCUUUAGUAUUGUUUUUAUCUUUUAUGGUUUGGCAAUUUGAAAGCAAACCACAUAAGCUUCAUGUGUGUGUGCAUUGACCCGUUUUCUUUUUCUAGUAAUCUCCAAAGCAAAGAGCACUUUCCUUUUUGGCAUUCAUGGUGUUGAUGUUAGGUCAGCUCGUUUCUCUUUCGAAGAAUCUUGAAACGCUCUUUUCAAAAAUCGAAAAGGGAAAUGUGAAAACACGGUUGUUUUCUUGAAGUAGAUGGUUUUCUUGCAAGGAGCUUGAUAUUUUUGGCUGUUAUAAAAUAUUGUUAGCACACUGAGAUCAGUGUGUGCUUAUUGUCGGUGCUUGUUUAGAUGGUGACAAAAGUCUGAGUUGGGUUUAUUAAAAUGUCAUUUGUCAUCCUAUAUCUCCACACCUUUUGCCCCUAAUGUUUGUUUAUAAUUGAAUGGCCUCUAGCUGUUAGAUUUGGCAUGGAAAAACACCACAUGUAGAGAGAGAGAGAGAGAGAGGGAGUAGGUGGUUGGUCCUAACAUUGAUCUGGCAAAGGGUUAGGAUAGGUCUAUUGGCACUAUUACAUAAUAUGUGCUAAUUAUUAUUCAUAUUGCAAAUAUAUAAUAACACUCCAAAUUCAACAUCUAUGGGCUCAAAUGUUGAUAGAAAAAGUAAUAUGCUAUUGCAUAGACAAAUGGAGAUCAUUUCACCAAACAGAUUCUUGAGAGAAAUGGAAACAUUUUCUUGCUGGAAUUUGAAAUCCUAUGUGAACUUAGCUCAAGUUUUGCAAGCUCAAAAGACACUAAGCUGUUUUUCUUUUGUAAUGCUAAGGCAUAAGAAAAAGACUAGAUAUGUAUACUUCUAAAGUGAUUUAGACUUCCCAUAAAGUCUGAAGGUAUACUUGCUUCGUAUGUGCAUUCUUUUGCUUAAACUCUAUUGCGUUUGCGAUGUUUAAUGAUCGCUUAGUAAAGCAAUUCGAGUAACUGAUUUGGAAGAUUUUGCAAAGUGAUGAUGCAUGCAUAACCUUGAAUUGAAUAGCUUUGUCCUUGUUGCUGUAGUGUGCUUGUGCAGGCGAUAAUUUGAUCAGUUUUUAUUACUCAACUUUGUAUAGUUAUAUCCCUGCACAUUAUAAGUUUAUCAUUCCUACCAGAUUGAAUUUCUGAAGAUUCUCUGUUGUUGAAGAGAAGGUUCAAUAAAUUAUUGAUUCUUCUCUAUUCCUCUAAAAACACCAUGGAAAUCCGUAGAGAAAUAUCAGCUUCUAAUGCAUUGGCAGAGCCUCCGGUUUGGCCUUGGAAGCCGAUUGAAUCCCAGUCAUCCAUAUGUGUUGAUAGCCCCACGUCCGUGUAUACCUCAAAGGGCGCGGAUAACCAAGCAGUUGGCGCUAGCAGUGGCUCGUCACACGACCAAUCAGACGAAGAGGACAUGGAGAUAGAAGCAGGCUCUUAUGAUCCCACCACCAAUCCUAUUGAUGUCAAGCGCAUCAAAAGGAUGGUUUCCAACCGGGAGUCUGCACGACGUUCUAGACGAAGGAAGCAAGCACACUUAGCAGAUCUUGAACAACAGGUAGAACAAUUACGAGGAGAGAAUGCAACUCUGUUCAAGCAACUCGCUGAUGCUACUCAGCAAUUCAAAGAUUCGACAACAAACAAUCGCGUGCUUAGAUCAGACGUGGAAGCUCUACGAGCCAAGGUGAAGCUAGCAGAAGAUAUGGUUGCUCGAGGGUCAUUGACAUCGAGCCUGAGCCAUCUUCUCCAGAACUAUCUGACGACGCCACAGGACUACAUAAGCAGCAGUGGCAUUCCUCCGGUGAUGGGGGCUCGUGCUGAUACGUAUUCAGGAUCAGCAGCGGUGGGGCUUCACGGGGUUGUUGGAGAUGCGGUCCCGGACAUCUGGACUUGGGAAGUUGAUCCCAUCCCCAGUUCCAAAUGAACCUUUAGCUCCCUCUUUUCUUCAUUUUUAUGUGUUGUGUUUCUUCACCAGAUUUUUGUAUUUGGAUAUUUGGAUAUGUCAAACUCUCAUUCUGGACUUGGUGGUGGUAAAUUUAAUAAUACCUCUCCUUGCUGUGUCAA